AUGGCCACGCCUCGAGAGCAAGCAAGCGCACCUGCAAUAAAAGUAGCAAUGGGAUUUACGGAGUCCCAUUGGCGGGCAUUGAUCGCACUCCUUGAUGCUGUUGUACCAUCCAUUGUCGAAGGCGAGGCAUCAACCAUAGGCCAGGGCCACAUAGCUGUUCCUUCCCAUCAGCUACGAGAGCUUCACCGGAUGGCUCUAUGUGGCGCCCGAGAACGUUUCAGUAUUGACGAGUUCCGUCAUUACAUGGCCUCGCGGCCAUCCGAUGACCCCAACUUCGUGGCUAAUGUCAAACGAGCCAUAGGACGACUCCCUCCUGGAUCGAUCUACCAGCUACGCCUCAUGCUCAGUUUCAUGCUGACGCGCCUCGGGAGCAUCAUCAGCACCGGAUACUGGGCGACCUUCUCGGAGCAACCGCUUGCUAUACGGGCCUCAAUCCUGAGAUCUUGGCAGCAGUCAUGGUUUCCUCUAUGGCCUGCUCUCGCAAGGAUAUUCAUCACGGUCGGCAAGGUCUGCUGGAGCCAGACGAACCAGCUCUACCUCGAACUCAAUGGCUACAAGGCUUAUAGUGAUGACACGGUGCCGGGACCCUCUGUGGAUUUCAACUUCAUCCAGUUUCAAGAGUCCAUCGAGCCCGCCGUCCUCGAGACGGACAUCGUGAUCGUCGGCUCGGGGUGUGGCGGGGCCGUUUGCGCAAAGGUUCUCGCCGAAGCAGGCCUUCGUGUGUUGGUCGUUGAGCAGGGCUACUACUUCCCACCUAAAGAUCUUCCAAUGGCAUUGGACCGUGUCGACAACGUUUUCGAGGGUGGUGGCGGACUAGCGUCUACCGACGGCUCUACGCUGGUCACGGCAGGAAGAUCGUGGGGCGGAGGAGGCACGGUGAACUGGAGCGCCUGUCUUCAGACCCCUUCGUACAUUCGCAAGCAAUGGGCGAAGGGCGGUCUGACCUUUUUCGAGGACGCCGAAUACCAAGAUAGUCUCGACCGUGUGUGCAACGGCAUGGGCGUAAGCGAGGCCGCCGUGCAAGGCAACCACGGCAACAUGAUCUUGCUUGACGGGUCGCGCAAGCUCGGGUGGCGGGCGGCAACCAUUCCUCAGAACGCUGGCGGUUCUAUCCACGAAUGUGGAAGCAGCUGCGGCCUCGGUUGUCGCACUGGCAAGAAGCAAAGCCCAGCUGCGUACUGGUUGCCGGCCGCUGCCCGCGCUGGUGCGCGUUUCGUGGAAGGCUUCGAGGCAUCUCAGGUUCUGUUCGAGGCUAGCAACUCAUCGAAAGCUACCGGAGUGAUAGGACAAUGGACCUCGCGUGACGAGGACGGCAAGACCGACACGUCGAUGGCCAGGACCCGUCAGACCGUGGAGAUCAGAGCGAAAACAGUCAUAAUGGCUGGCGGCGCUCUCAACACACCACUUAUUCUGCUGGGGAGCGGCGUAACGAACCCAAACAUAGGCAAAAAUCUGUACCUACACCCCGUGGUCAAUGUCGUCGCUACAUGGGAACCAGAGGUGAAACCUUGGGAGGGCGAGAUCUUGUCAAGUGUUGUGACAGAGUUUGAAGACUUAGAUGGAGCCGGCCAUGGCGUGAAGAUUGAGUCGUUGGCGAUGCAGCCAUACGCUGCGAUGUUACUGUGUCCGUGGAAGAGUGGGGUGGAUUUCAAGGCGGCAGCACUACAAUAUCGCCACAUGACCUGCCACAUAUCAUUGCCUCGCGACCGUGAUGCAGGUAGUGUAUCUCCUGAACCCGUCGACCACAGCCCAGUCAUCCAAUACACCCCGUCCAAGUUCGAUCGCGGACAUAUAGCAACAGGACUGGUUGGCAUUGCGAAGCUGUGCUAUGUACUUGGUGCUACUCGAUUGACUCCCGCUGUUUCUGACGUGCCUUCUUUUGAGUGCAUCAGACCUGUGGACGAUCGUGACCUGAACGACCAAGAUUUUGUCGAGUGGGUUCGUCUGCUUGAACGAACCAGCUUGGACCCAGCAAGAACGACGUUCUUUUCGGCACAUCAGAUGGGUACCUCCAGAAUGGGCACGAGAGCAGAGACUAGUGUCGUGGACGAGAACGGCAAAGUUUGGGAGUAUGACAACCUUUACGUUGCAGACGCCAGUGUUUUUCCAACAGCGAGCGGCGUGAACCCUAUGGUCACUGUCAUGGCUAUUGCUGAUCGCGUUGCGAGGGGCAUAGCAGCAAACUACGAAUUGAUGUAA